AUGAGAAUCGAGACCUGCCAUUUCUGCUCCCAGCCAUGCUAUCCGAGCAAAGGCAUAACAUUUGUGCGCAAUGACGCCCGUACAUUCCGCUUCUGCCGCUCGAAGUGUCAUAAGAACUUCAAGAUGAAGCGACAGCCCCGCAAGCUGAAAUGGACCAAGACCCACCGUGCUCUCCACGGUAAGGAGAUGAUUGUCGAUUCCUCGUUGCUCCUUUCACAAUUCGCCAAGAGACGAAACAUCCCCGUCAAGUACGACCGUAACCUGGUCGCGGCCACGAUCAAGGCCAUGGAGAGGGUGGAGGAAAUUAGAGAGAGGCGGGAACGUGUGUUUACCAAGAAAAGAUUGGCUGGCAAAUUGGCACGGGAGAAGAAGAGGGCGGAAGACCGAAGGGUUGUGGCCGAGGGGGAACAUCUUAUUCGCAAGGAGCUCAAGGAAAUGGAGGAGGAGAACCUGCCGCUGGAGUCACUGGCAAACAAGAAUCUGAGCCACGUUGUUGGCACGGAGAGACUACGUACAAAGAAGAAAACGAGACUUUUGGUGGAUGGCGGCACGCAGGACGAGAUGGAAAUCGACUGA